CUCGGAGUGAAUCCAAGACAGUGGCUGUACAAACCAAUCAGAGUAUGAUUCCAGGGAAGAGUAUUCUGACUAACCGAGAGCCUUAUCAUACCCCAGGAUAUUGUGGUUUCUGCCCUCAAUUCAAAUUCCAAAUCGGGGAGACUUUUGGUCGGACAACGACCCGACUAUUAAAGGACCCACACGUACCCAAAUCAGACAGGACUCUUCUGGCUAAUAUCAAACCAAUUUCACCAGGAUAUCCAGAUCGGAACACUCCAGCCGGGAAAGAACUUCUCUUCCAAUCUCGUAAAGCCAGCUUCGGGGACCAGAAAUUUACUGGCCAGAUGGUCCCGGGUUAUACAGGUUAUAUACCCAAAUCCCAGCAUUACUAUGGCAACCGUUAUGCUGAAGGAUGCCGGGAUGCUAUCGCUUCAUUUGAACAAGAUCAACAAGGAGAAAAGAAGAAGAGAGAUAACAUGAAAACAGUUCAACAGGUCCAGUCUGGAAAACUGAAGCCUUCAACAUUACCAGAGGGAACAAAAGUUUGUCGCUCUUGCCCUCUACGCCAGCUACCAGACAACAAACCUGGUCGGUUCAACUACGUUUCUGCAAAUGAGAAACAACAUUCUAUGUCACCUUACUACAUGAAAGAUGAUAACCCACAAAAAUGGUUCAUGUCUGGCUACACGGGUGAUGUACCUAACGCAAGGGAUGUAAUUGGCGCCGGAUAUCCGGUCCUAACCAACCGAGCUCUAGUCAAAUUCACCAAUGACCCGAAUCACCGUAUGGUCCCUCCUGAUGAGGAAUGUUGUAACACGGAUGCAACCGGUAAGGUACCUGUUGGUCCUCCGGUUCGUACCGGUCCUACCGCGGGUAAACUGCCCCCGAUGCAGGAAAAGAUAGUUGAUGAGAUGAGACGACUUUGUGGCCGGCAGCUUCCGGUCAUCUAUCCGAUUGAGUCCGGCUUGGUACCGCAUUACACUGGACAUAUUCCAGGCCAAAAGUUCCGUUAUGGGACAACUUUUGGACACAGCACACGGAAUGCAAAACGGGAACCCAACAAAGCGUGCAGUCGAUCUGCUUAAAUAUUUACUUUCUUCAAUCACUACAAUUCUUCAAAGGGAUCAAUUUUUUGAUCAAUUUAAUAUCGUCAUGAUGUUUCCAGUUUGUAAAAUAGAAUAUUUCAAUGUUUUACGUAUAUAUGUUUAAAAAUGUAAUUGGAUAUUCGUUUUGUAACCCAUCUCAUUAGAUUUUUGUAUUCAGAAAUAAAAUAUUUAGAAGUUAUUCACCCUUCACUAGGUUCACUGCCAUUUUGGAAUACAUCCAAAACAGAUUUAGUAUUAGACAAUAAAAAAUAACUUUAUAUGAAAUGAUAGAUUGUUGAGUACAUUUACUUCUUAGAGAAGAGAAAUGAUCAGGUGCAUUGUAUAUUACAAGGUUUUUAGUAGUUUUUCCAAGCAGUUUAGGACGCUCACUAGUGAGGUUAUUAAUAUCUAAACAAACACACUCAUUCAGAAACUAUCAUUGUAUAUACCCUUCUAACAGAGCAGUGUCAAGAUUACAAAUGACAACAAAAACAUGAAAGACUCAAUAUCAUAUAAUUUUUCACUCAGGACGGAAUACACUUUAUUGCUCUUUUUUUCUAUAGAAUAUGUGCAAAUGCAUACAAACCUUUUACAUAUAUUUAAAUUUUAUAAAUUGAUCAAGGUAUAUAGUGCUUUUUUUUAAUUAUAAUUUAAAAAUUUCUUUCAUUGAUACUACAGGUUCCAUGAGAAAGAGUUUGGUAGAAUUUCAGAAGAAUUAAAAAAAACAUCAAGUAAUGCGCUAUUGCAUGAAUAACAAAAUGCUAAGUUGUUAUUGCAAUAACAAAUAAAAAAAAUCAUUCAAUACAUAAUCUGUUUAAAAGCUACCGGUCUAUGAGGUGUCUCAAGUUGUGAUAAAUCACAGGAGACUGUAUGGCAUAUCUUAUAAAAAAAUAAUCAGUGGUUGAUAUUAAGAUAGAAAUUGACCCCCCCCCCUCGGCCAAAAAAAAAAAAUUCAAACCAUUUUCAUGUUGCAAAUUAAUUUGUCAAUAGUUUCUCUGUGCAAUAUGUGGUCUGUCUCCAGCAUCUAUUUGUUUCUUU